UCAGCCGCGCGCAAGACUGCACACCUCUUUCAUGGCCUUAUGGCUGUGAUGACUUCAUCUGCUUUCGACAAGGUUGCAUUGGAUCUCAAGGCGACGUCUUUGCCGCCGGCAGACGCCAUGGCAAUGGAUACCGAGACAAACGGUGUGCACGAUCUGGUGCUCGACCAGCCCGACUCCCACGCCCCCGAAGACGCCGCGCAGCCACAACCAACCGUGAACGGCAGCCACAAGGCAGACACACUCGAGCCUACCACAAACGUGUCCAGUGGUAUUGAAGGCGUGGCGCAGUUCCUGCCGGAUAGCCAAACCGACAACAACUCUCUGUUUGGGUCGGAAUCCGGUGUGCCAUCAAUAACGAACGCGGUGGAGGCGCCUACUUCUGACGUGCGCGACGAAGCCGGGCCGGACCCAAUCACACAGCAGGCCGAGAGCACCCAGAAGGUCCCGGAGACGCAGCUCGCCGCAGCGGAAGAGCCGUCCGGCGGCCCUGUUCAGUCAGACGCUAUGGAACUCAGCCAGGACGGACCAGAUGCAUCUGGAACUGCCGCGGAUUCGAGUGCUCCCCCCACCAACUCCAUGACCGAGCUUACCAUCGAGACGCAACAGUCCACAGCCUCGCCUUCGCAGAUGCCCAUGACGCAAUCGCCAACGAAUCUUGAUCAAGAGAUGGAGGACGCCCCAUCGUCCGGCAAGGUACGACCGCGAGAGGACGAUGAUGUGGAUGCUCCAGAGGCCAAGCGUACGAAGACGGAAGAGGACACCGUAGGAGAGGUCGAGUUCAAGGUUCCGGAGCUGCCUGCUCAUGUCGACGACGUAAACGGAAGCGCCCCCACCUCAGCCCAUGCUCAAGAGCCUUCUAGCGUCCAAGAAGCUGCUACCUAUGAGGAGUGGCCUUCGUCGCCUAUAAAUACCCUACAGCAUAGGUUCCUCAUUGACCGGAUACGGAACACCAAGAAGAUCAAGGUUUCCGCGGCAUUUAAGGAACCGGUUGACCCGGUAGCUCUCAAUAUUCCUCAGUACCCCGAGCUCGUCAAGAAUCCAAUGGACCUUGGGACCAUGGAGAACAAACUCAAGGAGGGGAGAUACACCCAUGUCCGCGAAUUCAUGGAGGAUUUGGAUCUUAUCGUAAAUAACAGUGUACUGUUCAACGGAAAGGACCACCCAGUUACCCAGGCUGGGUACAACCUACGGGCGUAUUUCCUCAAGGGCAUGGGCAAGAUGCCUAGAGAGGGAGUGGAGGAGCCGGCGAAGCAGGCCAAGGCGAAAAAGCCCUCGGUGCCGGUUGCCACGAAACCCCGGCGCGAGUCGAGGACGGCGCCGACCACAGCUAAAUCUCCCACUGCUCCAACUCCUACGGCAGCAUCACCUCAGACCGCAUGGCCGCUCAAUGCGGAUGGUACCCCACUCAUUCGACGAGAUUCAUCGAGCGCCAAUAAUGAUCGACCCAAGCGGGAGAUUCACCGGCCGCCGUCCAAAGACCUUCCGUAUGCGACCGCCAAGCCCAGGAAGAAGAAGUAUCAGCAAGAGCUGAAGUUCUGCGAGAGCGUGAUUGCCGAAAUCAUGAAGCCGAAGUACGCGAAGUGUACGUACCCCUUCAUAGCGCCCGUGGAUCCUGUCGCCCUGAACAUUCCCUCCUACCUGAAGAUCAUCAAGAAACCGAUGGAUUUCGGAACGAUUGAGAAGAACCUCAAGGCAGGUGCAUAUCAGAGCGCAAAGGACUUCUACAACGAUGCACAGCUGGUUUUCGCCAAUUGCUACAAGUUUAACCCCGAGGGCGACGACGUGCAUAAAGCUGGGAAGCAAUUGAAUGAGCUCUUCAAUAAACUCUGGGAAGAGAAAGCGGAGUGGCUUGCACAGCACGCCCCCGAAGCCGAACCACCAUCACCGGGCUCUGCUUACUCUGAUGAAGAGGAAGAAGAGGAGGAAGAAGAUCCUGCUCAGGCGCAAUUCCUCGCCAUUCAGAAGCAGAUUCAGGCUCUGAAUGAGACCGCUCAACAGUUGCUCCAACAACAGAAGGGCAAGCGCGCAUCGCCGAAGGCGUCCAGUAAGAAGAAGACCAAGGCGGCUACACAGCCCAAGAAGAAGCACGCUCCACUCUCCGUUCCGCCUCCAGCGGCGAAGCCUGGAAGGGCAAAACCGCGUGCAAAGGCUCCAGCACCUUUAAGCUACACGCAAAAACAGGAGAUCUCUGAUGGGAUAAGCACCCUCGGAGACGCUGACAUGCGGCGCGCCGUGCAGAUAAUUAAGAACGGCUGUCCUAACCUCGCGAAUGCGAACGAGGAUGAGAUGGAGCUGGACAUGGAUGAGAUCAACGAUGACACCCUACGCGAGCUGUUUAGGUUCAUCAAAUCGGUUCGCGGGCCAAAAGCCUCGGUCCCUGAUGAUGACUAUGACCCGCCGCGGCCUGCACCGAGGCAGCCCACCGCAAGCCGGCCAAAGAAGAACAAGCCAAUGGGCAAGUCCGAGCAAGAGGAGAAUCUGCGCAGAAUUCAGGAGAAGAUGAAUUCCUUCCACGGGGCUGUGUCGGGAUCUAGUCAGUCCCCACCUGCCAACCACGACGAGUCUAGUGAUGACGAGUCGAGUGCGUCUGAGAGUGAGGAGGAGUGA